AUGUCUCAACCCAAUCCAUACCUGUUGGCCUGCGAUAACCCGUCUGCGCUGCUUGAGCUCCUGCGCGCCAACCCAGCUCUUGCUUCCUCCCAAGACGAACACGGAUACUCUCUACUCCAUGCCGCCGCGUCCUACGGGCACAUCGAUCUUCUCCGUGCUCUCGUGAAGGAAUUUAAUGUGAACGUCAAUCUACUAGAUGAGGACGGCGAGACAUGUCUGUUCGUGGUAGAGACCCCUCGGAUCGCCCGAUGCCUGGUCGAGGAACUCGGAGUGGACUAUAACAAGACAAACGAUGAAGGAGCCACUGCACACGAGAAAAUGGAGGCCGAUGACGAAUUCCCCCAGGUUGCGGCCUACCUUCGUGAGGUUAUUGGAGCUCCUGCCGCCGCCGCCACGGCCAACGGAGCACCCGGGCCAUUGAACGCUCCGCCGCCCAUUCCUGGUAAUAUGCAGGUCAACAUCGGGACCAUGUCAGAGCAGGAGGCCAAUGCUGGCCAAGCGGAAGUGGAUCCUGAAUUUAAACGCCGCAUUGAUGAACUGGCCGCUCGGGAAGACUUCCACAGCGAAGCCGCACAAAGCCAGCUGCGAGAGUUGGUCAUGGAUGCUAUUGCUGGUUCCAGUAUUGAAACCUCAGAGCGGGAAUCUCGACGGAGGACGGAAUAA